AGCGAUAUUUUGCAUUGAGUUUCGGUUGGCAGUCGGUAAUGCCACAUCAUUUUCAAGUGGAAAAAAAAAUAACGGCACAAGUGUUCACAUAGGCAGCGAAGAAGUUGUGAUUUUUUUUGCUGGAUUUUUGCGGUGGGAUAGUUUUUCCUUGAGUUUUUCAAGGUAAUGUGAUUUAUCUACAUGUCUGGUAGUUUAACCAUCAUCUAUAAAAGCCAGCUUUUCAUUUGCAGAAAUGAGUGGUCCGUGGCAGGUGACCGAAAUUUCGUCAAGCGAUGACUCUGGUGACGAGACUAGCGUCAUUCCGUCGAAGAGACCGAAAUAUGAUGCCAGGGUGGAAAAUGCAGCGGAGUCAUCAUCGGAGAAGAAGGAAAAAACGAAGACCGAAUGGCUAUCCGGCUCAUGGCCACUGAAGCCGUUCGACGGAUCGCUCCCUACAAACAAAAGAAAGGCGGAAUGGGUGAGAUACCGUGAUCAGUUCGAGCGCAUUGUCUCGUGUAAGGCGCCUGUAAGUGGAGCCACGAAAUUGACUGGAUUGAAAAUUUUCGCUGGCGAUUACUUGCUAAGCAUAAUCGAGAUGCAGGAAAAGACGGUUACGGAUGCGUCGGCCUGUAUUUAUGCAGCUACGAUUUCGGCUCUUGAUAAGUUCUUCAGUCAAACAUGCGAUGCAGCUAAAGAGCGCAUGAAGUUCAGAGAUAUGCGUAUGAAAGCCGUGGAAACGUUUUCAGAUUUUGUUGUACGAUUGGAGAACCAAGCUCGAUUCUGCGAUUUCAGCCGUGAGCAAAGAGAGGAGGAAUUUGUACAGGCGCUCCUUCGACGAUCUGUCCCUAGUAUUUCCGGAAAGCUGUACGAGAUGUCGGACUUCCUUGGAAAUGAUUUGGAGCGUAUUAUCAAUCACGGAAAACACCUGGAUUACAUAAGGGCAGAAGCGGAAGAAGCGAGGACACCAUUCGACGAGGGACCGCAAAGCAAUGUGCCGGAGCGUGAUUCAUAUGCCGCUGACGUCAAAACCGUCAAUGCAAUUCAGAAAUGGAAACAGGUCUCGCGGAAGGAUGAGUAUGACCGUCGUAAGCACGUCGACCGGCGAAGCGAUACAGGUGAUUCCGAUAGGCGUAAACGUACUUGGGAUUCCAGGCAAUUAAACCGGAGUUGCCAGAAGUGUGGCAAAGUCCAUGGCCCGAGAGAAUGCAAAGCUUUUCGUGCGAAGUGUUAUAACUGCGGCAAAUUGAAUCAUUUCGCGGAGUUUUGUUUUUCCUCGAGGCAGGGAACAACAAAUGCGCGACGUCAUCGAAACUCGGGCACCAGUGACGAUUUUAAAACCGAAGCUGGAAUUAUUAAUCAGCUGAUCACAGGGGAGACAAAGACUAUGUCAGGACUAGAUGAUCAAAGAUUUGUCUACUGUACCAUUGGGACCCAGCGCAUCAAGUUCUUAGUGGACUCAGGUGCCACUGUUAAUACAGUUACAUGCGAUGACUGGAACCUAAUCAGACAGAAUUGCCGAACAGUGAUACAGGACAUCGUGGUGCAUCCAGAAGAGAUUCUCAAAAGUUAUGCGAAUCACAAUCCCUUGGAAGUGGAAUGUUCAUUUUGUGCGUAUGUUGGUGUUUUGAAUAGUGUUCAACCGACGCACAAGGCAAAAUUUUUUGUCGUGAAGGGUACGCAGUUAUCGCUUCUAGGAUAUGAAUCGGCGGUAUCCCUAAACCUUAUACGCAUAGGACACGACUUGAGCAAACAAAGGUAGGAUCUUUAUUUAUUUAGCGCAUGUAGUUUAAACCAGAAUAGAAAAAGACAUUUUUUUUCCUCUGUGUGAUAGGAUGAUAAAUUCGAUCGACCUACAUGAUACUGCUUCAGGCGCUCCAACAGAGUUUCCAAAAAUCCCUGGAGCGGGUGUGCGAUUCAGGAUUGAUGAAUCCGUUACGCCCAAACAGAUCAUACGAUACAGUAUCCCAAAAGCUUUUGAGACAGCAACGAAUUUACGGAUGAGAUCGAUGGAAAUGAACGGGAUCAUAGAAAGGGCUGAUAAAGAACAUGAUGUUAUUUCAUUUGUUUCCCCACUGGUGCUUGUUCCAAAGGGAAAUAAUGAUUUCCGAAUUGUGGUGGACUAUCGAGAAGUUAAUAAGGCGAUCAUACGUGAACCUUAUCCGAUGCCGUCUCUUGAAAAGAUCUGGGCAGAUAUUCCAUGUGGGAAAGGUACGUUGUUCUUCACUAAGCUUGAUCUAAAAGAUGCGUAUUUCCAUGUAGAGCUCCAGGAAGACGUGCGUCAUUAUACCACAUUCAUGACCGCAAAUGGCCUGAUGCGGUUCAAGCGGCUACCGUUCGGGCUUUCCUGUGCCCCAGAGUUAUUCCAGCGCGUAAUGGAGCGGCUGUUGAUCGGCUGCAAGAAUAUCAUCGUCUAUCUUGAUGAUAUAUUAAUCUUUGCGCUAACUAUGGAGGAACUGGAAAUACUCGUUGCAAAAGUCAAAGAGAUUUUGAAGAGCAACAAUCUGACUGGAAUUUUUGGGUUUCGAUAUCGAUGGAUCUGGAAUACUGCCGAUGAACAACAAAAUAUCAGACAUCAAGGGUUUCAAGCGCCCUAAAGACACCUCUGAACUGCGUAGCUUCUUGGGAAUGCUAACAUUCAUAAGCCCGUUCAUUUUGAAUUUUUCCCACAAAACCAAACCGUUACGCGAUCUGUUGAAGUCCAAGUGUAGAUUCGAAUGGAGUGAAGCACACCAGACGGCUUUUGAGGAUCUGAAAAGUGCAGCUGAGACCGACCUGAUCAAGAGGGGUUAUUUCGAUGAAAAGGACAAGACGAUACUCUACACCGACGCGUCUCCAUGGGGCCUUGGAGCCGUCCUCGUCCAAGAGAAUAAUUCCGGGGAACACCGAAUAAUCGCGUGCGUAUCUAAGAGUUUGACCAGUGCCGAAUGUCGAUAUCCUCAACUGCAUCGGGAAGCGUUGGCCAUCGUAUGGGCGAUGGAACGAUUCGUUUACUAUCUUCUGGGUCGCCAUUUUGUCCUACGUUCUGACAGUGAGGCCCUGAUGUUCAUGAUGAAGGGUAAGAACCGGAAAGAUGUCGGAAAAAGGAUAAUGUCUAGAGCGGAAGGUUGGUUACUGCGGACUGAUCAUUUCUGGUUCGAUUUUGAGCAUGUGGCAGGUAUUAGUAAUAUAGCUGACGCCGCUUCAAGAAUUGCAGUUCGUCGAGAUGAU